UUCUCUUUCUGUCUAUGCUACUCAAAGUAAGAAGAAAAUGAACCCCAUUUUCUGUCAUCUGAUGACAGUAGAAAUUUUAUUGAGGAGCAUCAAGGAAUCCAAGUCAAGUUAAACGUUGGAGAACCCGUAUAAGAGCAACGAGCAUCGAAAAUCACACUCUCCCUAUGGAGUUGAUGAGAGAAAUUCUUCUAAGAUUGCCUGUGAGAUCUGUUUCGCGUUGCAAGUGCGUGUGUAAGUCAUGGAAUUUUAUCAUCUCCAAUCCUCAAUUUGGCAAUUCCCAUUAUGAUCUCGAUGCCACACCCUCCCAUAGACUCAUUCUCAGAUCAAACUAUUCUUCUCAUGGAGUUCUAUCCAUUGAUACAAAUGCACCACUAGACACAUGUUCUGCUGCAAAGCAUUUGAUUCUCCCCCUUCAUUCAUCCCCAUGCAAUCCCUACGACAAUGAAGAUUAUGAUGGUUUUCCCCGUAGACCCGAGAUUUUAGGUUCGUGCAGAGGGUUUAUACUUUUAUAUUACAAGAUGAAUCGAGAUCUUAUUAUAUGGAAUCCAUUGACAAGAGACCGUAAACUAUUUCUUAACUCUGAAUUUAUGUUAACCUUUCGAUUUUUAUAUGGUUUUGGGUAUGACACAUCAACAGAUGACUACUUGCUAAUAUUGAUCAGAUUAUCCUUGGAAACAGCUGAAAUCCAAGUUUUCUCUUUCAAAACUAAUCGCUGGAACAGAGACAAGAUAGAAAUUAAUGUUCCAUAUUAUUCUAAUUUAGAUCGGAAAUUCAGUAUGGGGUUAUUCUUCAAUGAUGCUCUUUAUUGGGUAGUUUUCUCUAUGUACCAAAGGGUUUUUGUGAUUAUUGCCUUUGAUUUGGUAAAAAGGAGUUUAUCAGAGAUUCCUCUAUUUGAUAAUUUAACUAUGAAAAACACUUCAGAUGAUUUAACUAUGAAAAUCCCUGAAGUGUUAAGUUUAAGAGUAAUAGGAGGAUGUCUCUGUGUGUGUUGUUUGGUCCAAUACUGGGCAAUGCCCGAAAUAUGGGUGAUGAAAGAAUCAUCUUGGACUAAGUGGUUUGUAAUCCCUUAUGACUUUUCCCCAAUAUGCAUCACAAAAGAUGGAGGAAUUUUGGGAUUAAAUAUUAGAGAAAGAUUAGAGAAAUAUAAUAACAAAGGAGAGUUGUUUGAGCAUUUCACCAUUGUUGCUGCUGAAGGUGAAGAGUACUACUGUUCCUUACGAGAUCAACAGUCUGCUAUGUAUAGAGAGAGUCAACUAUCGCUCCCCUGACAACAAAAAUCAGGCUGGGCGGUGUGAAUGGUAACGACAAUUCUAGCAUUUGCUGGUUGCAACCAACCUGUGGACAAUAUAAAUUAAAAGUCGAUGGAUCAGUGAGUGCUUUCAAUAAAGAAGCUGUUGGAGAUGUAUUUAGGGAUUCAAAUGGUCAGCUUUUGUUUUCCUAUGCUGCUGAUAUUGGUUCUUGUACUCAGUUGUUAUAGCUGAACUCUGGACAAUUUUGCUUGGAAUUAAAAUUGCUUGGAGUUUCGGGUUCAAGCAUUUUAUUAA